AUGCCCGAGAAUGAAGCUAUUUUCCGCUCUGCGGAAAUGUCAAUGGUCCAACUCUAUAUUCCUACUGAAAUCUCCCGGGAAUCCAUUUAUUCUUUGGGAAAGUUAGGUAAAGUUGAAUUUCGUGAUUUAAAUAAGAAUGUCAACCAGUUCCAACGUUUAUUUGUUGAUGAAAUCAGGAAAUUGGAUAACGUUGAAAGACAAUACAGAUACUUGAUCAAAGUAAUGGAGGAACAUGGCAUUAAUCCAAUUGAGAAUUUGGCUGUUGAUUACGAGGCAAACAUUAAGAAUCCCCUAUCUACAGCACAACUGGAGGAAAUUUGUUCUUCAGCUGAGCUAUUUGAAAAAAGGGUUUCUGAACUAUCCGAUUCUGCAGACGAUCUUAUGAAGAAACAAGCUGACUUGAAGCAACAUCAACAGGUUUUAUUUGCCGCUGAAGAGUAUUUCAAUUCUGAAGAUACCAGAAAUCUAAUUGACUUAAGCGAGGCUCCUUACUCACCACAAAUGAGCGGCGAGACACUGGAAGGUGGGGUGUUUGCAGAGGUUGAAUCGAACUUUAUAACCGGUGUUAUUCCUAGAGAAAAAGUUCCUAUCUUGGAGAAGAUUCUAUGGAGAGUUUUGAGAGGUAACUUACUUUUUAAAACUACUGAAAUUGAAUCUAAAAUGUAUGAUUCCAAGGCCAAGGAGUUUGUUGACAAGAACUCUUUUAUUAUUUUCUCUCAUGGUGAAUUGAUACUAUCGAGAAUUCGCAAAAUUUGUGAAUCUUUGGAUGCUGAUUUAUAUUCUGUCAAUGUUGACUCAAAACUCAGAUUGAACCAACAGAAGCAAACCAAUGAUAAAUUGACCGAUAUCACCAAUGUUUUGGAAACUACAAAUUUAACUUUACUCACUGAAUUAAGAGUUUUAUCAAGUGAGAUUGAUAACUGGGUCAAAUGCAUUAAGUUGGAGAAGUCUGUUUACACAACUAUGAAUAAAUGCCACUAUGACUUGGGUAGAAAAUGUUUGAUUUCCGAAGGUUGGGUUCCAUCGGAUGAAGUUGCCGUCGUACAAGAGACUCUCGAGGAUUGUUCAACCAGAUUUUCUGGUGAUGCAGAAUCUGUUUUCCCGAUUGUUAUGAACGUAGUAGCUACAACGAAGACACCACCAACUUACCACAGAACCAACAAGUUCACAGAAGCCUACCAAGCAAUGUGUGACUCCUAUGGUAUUGCUACCUACCGUGAAGUCAAUGCUGCUCUACCAACAUCGGCAACGUUCCCAUUUUUGUUUGCUGUUAUGUUUGGUGAUAUGGGCCAUGGGUUCAUUAUGUUUUUGUCUGCUUUAGUUUUAGUUUUGAACGAAAAGACAAUCAGCAGAAUGAAGAGAGAUGAAAUCUUUGAUAUGGCAUACAGCGGACGCUAUAUUUUGUUAAUGAUGGGGUUUUUCUCAAUGUACACUGGGUUCCUCUAUAACGAUAUUUUUUCGAUUUCAAUGACUCUCUUCAAAUCGGGUUGGGCAUGGCCAUCUAAAUGGAAAGAAGGUGAAUUGAUUGAGGCGCACCAGGUGGGCACCUAUAUUGCUGGUCUUGAUCCUGCAUGGCAUGGUGCUGAGAAUGCACUAUUGUUUUCGAAUUCGUAUAAGAUGAAGCUAUCCAUUUUGCUUGGGUUCAUUCACAUGUCGUAUUCGUAUGUUUUCUCACUUGUUAAUGCACUUCAUUUCAAAUCGCUCAUUGACAUUGUUGGUAAUUUCAUUCCAGGGUUUAUUUUCAUGCAUGGCAUUUUCGGCUAUUUGACCAUCUGUAUUGUUUACAAAUGGUGUAUUGACUGGGUUGCAAUUGAAAAACCGGCUCCAAGCUUGUUAAACAUGUUGAUCAAUAUGUUCUUGUCGCCAGGUAAAGUUGACGAUGAGUUGUAUCCAGGACAAGCAACCGUGCAAGUGUUUCUACUUCUAGCAGCCUUGGUUUGUGUUCCAUGUUUGUUAUUGAUCAAACCAUUAUGGUUCAAGCAUCAAGAGUCGAAGAAGAGGUACAUUUCUCUGUCCAACACUGAGAUUGACGAGGAAAAUACAAGUGAUGAAAACAACCUAUUAUCUAAUGUUGACAUUACAGAAGACGAGGAGCAUGAGGAACAUACCUUUGGUGAUGUCAUGAUUCACCAGGUCAUCCAUACCAUUGAGUUCUGCUUGAACUGUGUCUCCCAUACGGCGUCCUAUUUACGUUUGUGGGCGUUAUCGCUAGCACAUGCGCAGUUGUCGUCUGUUUUAUGGUCCAUGACCAUUGGUGGCAGUUUCAAAAUAACCGGGUUUGGCGGCUCCAUCUUUAUCUUUUUCAUGUUUGGCAUGUGGUUUGUGUUAACUGUUUGUAUUUUGGUUGUUAUGGAAGGUACGUCUGCGAUGUUACAUGCCUUGAGAUUACAUUGGGUCGAGUCCAUGUCCAAAUUCUUUGAAGGAGAAGGUACGCCAUUUGAACCUUACUCCUUUUCGAGCAUCUUGGCCGAAGACGCAGCCUAG